AUGGCCUCGAUAAACCAAUGCCUCGCCUCAAUGGCAAGGCUCAGUCUCUCCACAGCAUCCAGACCAACAUUACAAUCAGCGAUACCACGAUAUCUCGCGCCGUCAGUAGUCGCAGCCGCGCAACAAACACGAAAUGCGUCCGGACGGCCAAGCGGCGCCAGGAAGAGGGAGAAGAAGAAGAGGACAUUCAAGGGCUUCAGAGUAGACAGGCUGGAUAACAUGCAGCAGUUUUCACUGUGCGAUGCCAUACGGUACGCACGCGCCUUCGAGGUCGGCCAGAACCCCCAGACAACCAAGUACGACCUCGCCGUCAAGCUCAGGACGCUCAAGUCCGGCCCCGUCAUCAAGAGCCGCAUCCGCCUGCCGCACCCCGUCAAGUCGGACCGCCGCAUCGGCGUCAUCUGCCGCGAGGGCUCCGCCCUGGCCAUCCAGGCCCGCGAGGCCGGCGCCGUCGCCGUCGGCGAGGACUCGCUGUUCCAGGCCAUCCGCGACGGCAACCUCGAGCUCACCAGCCUGAUCUGCGACCAGGGCUCCGCCGACAAGCUGGCCAAGGCCAACAUGGGCCGCGUGCUCGGCCCCAAGGGCCUGAUGCCCAGCGUGCGCGCAAAGACCAUCACCAACAACGUCCUAGGGUUGCUGAAGGAGAUGGCCGGUGCUGAUAACUACCGUGAGAAGGACGGCGUUGUAAGGCUGUCUGUGGGGCAAGUGGGCUUCACGCCCGAGAUGCUGGCUGCUAAUGUGAAGGCUUUUGUGGGCCAGGUCAAGAGCGACUGUGCUGCGCUGGAUGACCAGGUGAACAAGGAGGUGCAUGAGGUUGUCAUGAGCAGCACACAUGGUCCGGGAUUCAGCUUGAACGGAGGUUUCAAUCCCACUGAGGAAGGCCUGACGCCUGCUAUGCUGACUAGUCCGAUGUAA